UUUAGUUUCCAUAUACCGUGAGGCUUUAUUCAAAUUACCCGCCUCAAUUUGGUUUGGUUGUGUUGGUAUGAAUGUCCGGUCCAUAAAGUACUUCAUUUGUUUAGUUUCCUCUCCUUUUAAAGAUUUGGAAGUUGUGACGACCACGUAUUUGUGGAAAAAAUCGUCACGAUGCAAAUUUUCGUAAAAACCCUCACCGGUAAGACCAUUACCUUGGAGGUCGAGCCAUCCGAUACUAUCGAAAAUGUGAAGGCUAAAAUCCAAGACAAGGAAGGAAUUCCUCCAGAUCAACAACGUCUGAUCUUCGCUGGAAAGCAACUUGAAGAUGGACGUACUCUCUCCGAUUACAAUAUCCAAAAGGAAUCUACACUUCACUUGGUAUUGCGUCUUCGUGGAGGUAUCAUUGAACCUUCUCUCAGACUCUUGGCCCAAAAAUAUAACUGCGACAAGAUGAUCUGUCGUAAGUGCUAUGCUAGGUUACAUCCUCGUGCAACCAACUGCAGGAAAACCAAGUGUGGACAUACCAACAACCUUCGUCCCAAGAAGAAGCUAAAAUAGGCUAUAAUGUUAUUCAAUCUAUGGAGGAGUGUAUUAAAAUUGAAAUAGCAAUAUUCAUGGUUUUUCAACCGAUUGGCAGAGAACUGUUAGUAUUAUUAUUCUAAUUUUAAUAGAAUAAUAAAUAUGUAAAUUUUCA